GAAUGUGUGCGAUUGUGUGUUGUUGUUUACCUCAUCGGACAGGCAGCAGAGAGGGAGAGAGAUUCCUAAUUUCAUUACGCAUCAUCACCGUUGGUCGAAUAAUAGCGCGAUUGAAAAGAUCGAAAUGCUGACGUGAAAGUAGUGAUAGCGCAGGAACACACUUAACGCCCAAAACCAUCCCCGAUUCCGUGUGCGCCUACGCUGCAUCGAUUCGUGUACCAUAAUCAAACCCGCACCAUCAUGUCCUUCCUCGGGCUUCUGAGCUACGUUUCGCUGCUGGUGCAGAUUUGCUUCGUAACCGUCUCGAUAGCCGCCGGCCUGUACUACCUAGCCGAGCUGGUCGAGGAAUACACGGUUAUGGCGAAGAAAGUCAUCAGCUGGAUGGUGGCGGUAACGGCCUCACUGUACGUGAUAUUUAUCUUUACCGAAAGCUUCUCCUGGACCAUGCUGCUCUGCGGACUCGGGGCACAAAUACUGCACGGGCUCAUCCUGACCGAUUUCCCUUACGUGCGGUUUCUUUCACCGGCAUUUAUCACCGCGGUACUGCUGUUGAUAGCGAACCAUUACUUCGCCUUCGUGUACUUUCAGCAGCAGUACCAUUCGUUUGCGGAAGUGCUGGCGUACUUUACGCUCUGCCUGUGGCUCGUCCCAUUCGCACUGUUUGUGUCGCUUUCGGCCAACGACAAUGUGCUGCCGACGAGCAACGAACGAACGCAUCUGCUCGGCGACAAUGACGAUUUAGUAACGAAUUACUUCUCCAGCCGAAAAAAGAUGGGACUGCUUUCGUUGUUUAGCUACGCGAAGGAGAGCCUGCUGCCGCAGCGCAACAAGAAGGCAUUUUAAGUUGGUUCGAUUCGCAGCGGUAGACGCGUACCGUCGACUUGUAUAUUAUUUCUAUUUAUUAUGAUGCCGUCGUAAAAAAAAACAAUCCCAAGACAAACAAAAAAGAUAGGAAUAAAAAAAACCAAUACCAGUCAACUA